GAGAAGCUCGUCAUCUAUGGCAAGUAUCGCAUGCCUGUUGGCGGCAGGACCCCGGGGGAGGACCCGGAUGCCCCGGCUCAGCGUGGCUGCGGCAAGCCACGCAGCACCGUGGAGCCCGUGUUUUGGCACGGAAGGCCCGAGAUCUUCUACCAGGAGAUGGUGGCCUCCUACAACUUGACGGCCCUGAUUGAUUGCCAGGUUGCAGAUGGUGUGUUGGCCAGCCUUGCAGCUGUUGAGCGACUGCCCUACAUCGGCUUCUGUUUGACGGAGACCCACCUCCAGAAAGUGAAGGAGGUCAUCGUGUGCCGAGUCCUCAAAGAGAUGGUCCGCCCCAAUAGCAAGGUGAACGAGAGCAAGUUGGUUGAGAUCUUGGCAGACGCACCAGCGUCGUCAACGCAGGCAGGUGGAUCAGCCGCCCCCGUGGCCGGGGCAGAUGGUGGCAGUGGCAGCAGCGGUGCCGCGCAGAGUGUGCUUGACCAGUUCCAGGCUGACUAA